AUGGCUACCAUUGCCCUCCCCAGACCUAUCCCGCCGCAUCGUCCAUCUUCAACCAUCACACCGCCCCUUUCCCUUGAAUCCAUCAACUCCUCUUCUCCUGCACAAUGUUCUAUCCCGGUCCCGAACAAGCACAUCCCGGUCUGUCCCACCGGACCCGCUCGUGCAGAUGAGCCCAACACCCCACCACCAUCGCCGCCGUCACCCCGGAGCCUCGACCGCUCACAACAGAGCUCUGCCCUUUACCCCACGGACGGAUUCAAACGCCUUGACAAUGGCUCUCUCUCCAUCUUUGAGAUUGACGCCAACCAAGUCUCCGAGGCCGUCGAUUUCACGUCUCGCCAACCGCUACCAGAUCCCUCUCUCGUCUUUCCAUGGCUGCAUGGCCUGCACCCUCAGAACCAUGUGCAGCAGGCAUUCUUUGCUGCGCGGAAACGCACUCUCCGAAAGACCCCGUCUUGUAUCCGUGCAAUAACUAUUGUCAAAGCCGAUGGUGUCCUUACAUGCGCCCGCCUCAAGGGUGCUGUCGCACCGGAAGACGUUAUGCAAUCUGGCGAGGGCCCUGACUUUGUCGAGGCUGAUCCCCGCGAGGGGUUCUCCGUCCGAAAUUUCCAGAUCCAGACCGCUAAAGUUGCCCGAACCUCGGAUAUUAUUGUAUACGGCCAGGAUUCAACUGAGACGCGUAAACUGGCAUGGGAUAUUGCCACUGGCCAGCAGCGAUGGCGCGAGAUGCAAAUUGUCCAGGGCGUGUGCGCACCAGAGUACAACACGUUUGUUUGCACAAGCCCUUUCAGCGAUUUUGAAGAGAAUCACCCAGAAAUCGUGGCAGUUGACUCGUCAGGGUGUCUCACGGGAAAUGUCCUAGACUUUUUCCACCAGGAAAGACGAGAAAUGUGGAACAUGACAGAAGCUUCUGAGAUAUCCCACAAUGUCUUUAUGGGCCCAACCCCGGAGCCGGGCACCCCGGAGGAACAGCAGUUUGACAUUUUGAUUGAGUGCAACGAUUUGGGCCGGCUGAAUCCUCUGACCUUGCAAGUCAUCGCCGAGAGCCCCGAUGAGACCGGAAAGCAGCAGAUGCUUGACUUCCCCUCCUCGGGUAGUAUCCUCCCACCUACGUGGUCUCAUUCGGAGGCUGACGGUAUUCUCGAGACGUGUAAAUGGAUUUAUCACCUUGCUCAUGGUUCAUACCCCCAACCAGACUUUGAGCCAAGAGACGACGUGGAAGGAGAUUCACCCAUGCCAUCUGAACCUCAAAUAACCUUCAACGUCCGUCCUCGGAAGAUUCUCCUUCAUUGUGCUGAUGGUUACACCGAGUCGACGAUGCUAGGCAUUGCAUACUUCAGCUAUAGCACUGGGCGAGCUGUGCCCGAAGCAUGGCUUCACCUUCACACUACUAAGAAGCGAAACUUCUUUGCCUACCCGACUGAUGUGGCUCUUUUGACAGCAAUCACCCCAAGACUACUUCGGGAAUCCCCCGUCUGCGUUGGUAUGAGUUUGACAGAAAUUACUACACUUACUAAGGAUGAACCAAGUUGGUUCGCUGGCUUGGAUGGCUCAUUCCCAAGUCGAGUCCUCGACUAUAUGUACCUCGGUAAUCUUGGCCACGCAAAUAACCCAGAUCUCCUGAAGGCGCUCGGAAUCCGUCAGAUUCUUAGUGUUGGAGAGACUGCCAUGUGGCGGGAAGGGGACAUGGAAGAGUGGGGAGCAGAGAACGUCUGCGUGGUUCAGGGAGUUCAGGAUAAUGGUAUCGACCCAUUAACUGACGAGUUUUCCCGAUGCCUCGAAUUUAUUGAUCGCGGAAGACGAAACGGCACGGCCACUUUGGUCCACUGCCGAGUUGGUGUCUCCCGAAGUGCCACAAUUUGCAUUGCCGAGGUUAUGCGGGCCAUGAAUAUGUCGUUUCCUCGCGCAUACUGUUUUGUCAGGGCUCGCCGACUCAACGUCAUCAUUCAACCACAUUUACGAUUCGCUUACGAACUUUUGAGGUGGGAGGAGACGCUCCAGCGGAAAGGCAAUGAAGACAUGUCAGUGAAGAGAGAUCUCGAAUGGGGAGAGAUCACACGAGCGAUUGCACUCAUGAACAGCCCUUACUCCAGGUAG